CUACCCGCUCGCAUGCACGGAGUGCAGACACGGAGCAGGAUUCGCUGUGGGAUUUAUUACUCGGAGUGAAACAACACCUGAAUUACCAAGUGCCCUUUUUGUUUCCCGCUUUGUUGUGAUUUUUUUUUUCUUCAUUUAUAUUUAUAUAUUAUAUAUCAUAAAUUCUGAGCUUAAGAAACAACCUGCAGUCAUGGCUCGGGAUCCGGAGGAUGUGAGCAAGCUCACUGAAAGUACAUUUAAGAAUGUAAUGGAGCAAUUCAACCCAGGCCUGAGGAACCUGGUCAACCUCGGGAAGAGCUAUGAGAAAUCAGUCACAGCAAUGGCUCUUGCUGGAAAAGCGUAUUUUGAUGCAGUGUCAAAGAUCGGAGAAAAUGCUAUAAUGUCUCCAGUCUCCAGAGAGCUCGGUGUUGUUCUGAUGGAGAUUGCAGAAGCCCACAAGAAGGUCCAUAAUGAACUGGAAGAGAAUUUCAAGAGAUUCCACAGAGAUGUUGUUACUGAGCUGGAGAAGAAGACAGAGAUGGAUGUCAAAUACAUGAAUGCCACCUUUAAGCGCUAUCAGUCGGAGCACAAGAUGAAACAGGACUACCUGGAGCGUUCUCAGACAGACCUGAAGAAGCUCAGGAGGAAAAGCCAAGGAAAGCACUCAUCCAAGUAUGAGCUCAGAGAAAACGAGUAUUUGCAGACCAUCUCAUCACGCCAGAUGGACAUGCAGAAGUUCAUCGCCGAUGGCUGCAGAGAGGCCUUGCUGGAAGAAAAGAGACGCUUCUGUUUCCUGGCAGACAAACACUGCAUGUUCUCCUAUCAAAUUAGCAACUUCCACGAGAAAGCCAAAGACAUCCUGGCUGUGAAGAUCCCCAGCUGGCAGGAAAAGUGCAGCGACAUCACCAAGGUGCCAGACUCAGUGGCGAGCAUGAUAGAAGGGCUGUCCGUCAUUCCAGAACAAUCACCGCUGGUUGAUCACUAUAACAGGAACAACAUGCAGUCUGGCCCUCCUCCCGCACCACCCCAGAAAGCCCAGAUCAGUCCUCUUGCCAAUAUGUUUAAUCAAGAGCCCCGAUUUCCACUUAACUCCUCUUCAGACCACAGCUCAGAUCAGGGCAGUAUUGGAGAGGGCAGUCUGUCCAGAUCGACAUCGCAGUCAUCUGGUCUGAAUGUGGGCAGGAAGACCCGGGUUAGAACCAUUUUCCCCCACACCGCGGGCACCAACGAAACGCUCCUCAGCUUUGAUGAAGGCGACAUCAUCGCUCUGCUCAUCCAGGAGGAGAAGGACGGCUGGCUGUACGGAGAGCUGGAGAAGGCGCAGCAGCGGGGCUGGUUUCCCUCAUCCUACUGCAGACCUUACACUGAGCCAGCGCUAUCAAAUAGUAGCAAUCUAGGCACGCCGGUGCAUCGUCUGAGCAUAGCCAGCCUGCAAGAGGCGGAGGAGGAGGAGCCGGUGUUGCUGCCACCGCCAGACUACAGCGACGACAACCCCUCCAGCCCAGUCAUCCCUUCAAUGCCUUCAACAGUAAACACGGUUUCUUUAGUCAAUGGAACUGCAAAGGCUCCUUUUCUUGGAGGAGGGAACCCCUUUGCCACGGUCAAGCUGAAGCCGACUGUCACAAAUGACAGAUCUGCGCCGCUCAUCUAACUCGAAACUUAUGUUUUUUUUUUUCUUUUUUUCUCACCGCUGUUAUGCCUUCAGGGGACUCAUGUUACAUGUGCUGGAAUCAUAAAACAAGGGAUCCCCCCGCGACACACUGAAUAUCUCCCCGACCCAACAUCUCACCAGCCUGCAUGCCGGUUUUUCUCAGUACCAGUCUGCCGUAUUAAAGAAAUCCAGUGCGUGUUUAACAUCAGCCACAACAGUAAUAACCCACAUUUGGAGACGCAGGAAUUGCCAAAAAAAAAAAAAUUUUGUGGACAAAGAAACUGUUUGUGUAUUCAUCUGGUUUGAGUUUGUGUAAUAAGUCCAGACAAAAUGAACGUUCAGACUUUGCCUAAUCUCCAUCAUGUCAGUAAAAGUUGCAGUUAAAUUGGCAAACAUGUUGCGUUUUCUUGCUUUGCUUUGCAGUCAAUGCUGCUAUGUGUUCUGCAGCAGCAGGAGGAAACAUUUAUUUUACAUUGUUUACCGGGAACUUAAUAUGAGGCUUGACAUUGAACGGAGACAGAAAACUGUAAACAGUGAGGCUGCUAUCAAAGAAAUCAAAUUUGCACUGAAUUACAAGCAGCCAGUAAUAAACCACAAGAAUGUGCUCUAUCACUACCAGUAAAAAGUAUGUAUACAUAUACAGCUGCUCCCAGGAAAUGGGCUGAAUGAUCAUAGAUUGUUUUUUUUUUUUUUGUUUUUUUUUAAUUUAAAAAUGAGGUGGAUUGCAUUUAACACUGUUCCACCUGCUUCGGGCAUUUUGUGUACGAACAAGUGCAAAAACUGAGGAGCCCUAUUUGCUUAUUUUAUGCUAUUUAAACUAUCUUCAUUUUCUUUAUAUGAGGCAUAGGUAAAAUUAUCAGGGCUCACACAGAUUAACCAAAACUUUUCUAACAUGCUAACAGGCAGAUGAAGCCUGUGUGGGGUGAACCCGUCUCUUUAAGACUGUGGGACACUCAGACACUUGUUUUGAUGAAAAACGAUGAGAUCCAGAUGGAAAUGAUUCCUACCUGAUACUGAUGAAGCAGACGAGCAUACAGGCUGUCUUCCUGACUUGCCAAAAUAUCUAUAUUGUUUCUUUUUUUUAUAUUA